AUGCACUUCACGCUCAAAGAUGUAUUGUACUACCUUUCAUUAUACGGGGUCUUCAAGGACUCCCACCAGCGCUGGAAAAAGGCCUUGAAAGCGCGAAAACUGAGGCACCCUUUGACCCUCCCAUUGCCUGAUGGAACACCCUUGCCCGUGUACCGGCGGAAAAAGCAACCCCUAAUUUACCAGCCACAGGCAGACUCCAUAUUCUUUGUGUUGCCGCUAGAAUUACGAAGGGAGAUUUACUCAUAUGUGUUUGGCGGGAGACCGAUCAAGAGGCCCUUCGCCGUGAGAUGCACCGACUGGCAUCGAGUUGGGCUUCACAACCAUAAUGAACCGCAACAGCCGCGUGCUCCACAGCGGAUCCAGUGGGUCGACAUUAUCCCCAUAGCACUGCUUCAAACGUGCAGGAAGAUUUAUUCCGAAGCCAUAGACGUGUUCUAUUCAGAAGCGAUAUUUAAAGCCUUUACGCCCGUGGACGUAGACCGGAUGUUUCUUGGCCUUCCAGUCCAGCGCACGGAUUGCAUUCGUUCUAUCUGGAUCGAUAUCCGCUUCGCAAUCACCUGCUCUCUGCAAUGCGAUGGCCUUGAGGAGAUUUUCGACGAAGGUACUUGGUCCGAAGUGGUAAAGUCGCUUGCCAAGCUACCCCAGCUUCGCAACGUUCGGGUAUCGUUCAUGAAAGACGAAUUGACCGGAGGCGAUUACUGUGGCCACCUGCUGGAGCGUUGUGUGCUACCAGCAUUGGCUGUGGUCCCAAGAGUCCCAAAGUAUGAGUUUCUUGUGAAUUUUGAGGUGAAGACGCCCGACAACGUGCCAUUUCAGGUCAAGCGGAUCCGCGCAAGCAGGCUGCGGCAGGGUCGGAUAUGGGCGGAAUAG